AUGGCCAUUUUCUUGAAUCUGAAAUCUGAACAGCAGCUAAAUAAUGUUAUGUAUGCUUCAAAACCACCAAUCAAAUUUGACAGAAACGUCCACUCCAAGCUGCAAGCUUCAAUCUUUUCACUCAAUCCACGCAAUCUCACUCCCAUUGAUCUUCCUAGAAACGUCUCUUCUGCCGCUGUGGUGCUAGAAUCAGAGAUUAAGGAGACCAAUGUAUCAGUCAAAAUAAACUUGGAUGGUUCCGGGGUUGCUGAUAGUAGUAGUGGAAUUCCCUUCCUCGAUCAUAUGCUUGAUGCUUUGCUGGAAGCUUUUGGUGAUAGGACGGAUGUCAAACAGUUAGUCAGAGGAUAUGUCUGGCUGGCCAUAUCUAUUUGGUGGAACAUUUCUUCCAAUCAUUGGUACAUUCAGCAGAAUAUAUAUGCAUUCCUCUGGGCACAGCUUGCUGGAAAAAAUUCCCAUCAUAUUAUUGAGGCAACCUUUGAAGCUUUUGCUAGGGCUCUUCGACAAGCAACAGAGUAUGAUCCACAUCGCCUUGGAACUGUAACAAGCUCGAAAGGGGUUCUGUCUCGUAGCUAA